AUGAACGAGAAUUCGAAAAAACAUUAUUUUCGAUCCCCAAGACGGAGCUCAAGCGCCGGGAAAAACCAGAGAGCGAAGGAAGCAAGAAAGGUGGCCAAGGCAGAGAGUAAGCCAUCUGACGAUGACCUCAACCCUAACAAAUACUACGAGCUGCGCUCGAGGCAGAUACUGGCUCUCAAGGCCAGCCAGAAUCCCGAUCCUUACCCUCACAAGUUUCAUGUAACCUCAUUUAUAACAACGUACAUACGGCUCCGAAAGCACGAUUCCACCCGACCGCAACAGUGGAACAACACAGUCGAGGAUGAGGAUGAGCGAGAAGAGGAGGCCGAAGAAGGUGGAGUCAAGGGACUGGAGAAACGAUCGGUUGAGGAGACCGUGGUCACUACCAGCCCGUGCAGAUUCGUACAUGCUCUUCUUGAGAAUCCUGGAUUCAGCGUAUUGAAGACUGGGAGAGGUUUCGAUGGGUCAUCAUCCGGGGCUGGGAGAAUGUGUCUUGGGUGGCCUCUGGCUACUGAAAGUGCUAAAAGUGCUAAUUGGGGCGUAUUUUACGAACGAGGGAAUCGCAGGCAUAAGUGA